AUGCAGCAGCUUAGCGCGGCUUUCGGUAAAUACUUUUGCUAUAAUAUGGAAAUGAUAAAUUAUUUUUUGUCUAUUUUUUCGACAAAAGAUACCUUAGAAUUUCUGUUGGUUAACGACGCUCCUAGACCAUUAGUCAUCCGAUGUAACAGAAUUCGCACCAGACGAAAAGAUUUGGCCAAACGCCUGAUUUCUAGAGGAUGCCAAGUCGACGUAUUAGGAGACUGGUCCAAAACCGGUUUACUCGUCACUGAUUCCACGGUUCCUGUGGGUGCUACGCCUGAGUAUUUGGCAGGUCAUUAUAUGAUCAUGGCUGCUUCAUCAUUCCUGCCUGUUUUAGCGCUAGAUGCUCAAAAAAACGAGCAUAUUCUUGAAAUGGCUGCUGCUCCAGGAGGUAAAUCGACUUUUAUUGCUGAAAUGAUGGAAAACACAGGUAUUUUGGUUGCAAACGAUUUAAACAAAAAAAGAUUAAAUGCUUUGUUAUCUAAUAUUCAUCGACUCGGUGUGCGAAACGCUAUCGUGACGAACGAAGACGGAAGAAAGUUAAAGGAAUAUUUUCCAAUCAAGUUCGAUCGGGUUUUGCUUGAUGCUCCGUGUUCUGGAUCAGGAGUUUUCUCCAAAGAUCCAGAAGCUCGUAUCAAAAAAUCUUUGGCAGAUUUCCAAAAGAUGAGUACUCUGCAAAAAGAACUUUUACUCAGCGCAAUCGAUUUGACAAAUGCAAACUCCCCUAAAGGAGGCAUUAUAGUCUACUCUACAUGUAGUAUUGCUGUAGAAGAAAACGAAGCCGUGAUUGACUACGCUCUGCGUGAGCGUAAUAUUAAACUACUUGAAAUUGAUUUCCCCGGCACACCUGGUUUUACGAGGUACAAGGACAAGAAAUUUCAUCCUUCGUUGAAGAACGCCCGUAGAGUUUAUCCACACAAAAACGGGAUGGACGGUUUUUUUUUUGUAAAAAUAAAAAAACUUGACAACUCGAUCCCAAAAUCUGCUAAAUCAGACAAUUAG